UCGUUAUGUGCAGGUUAAACAGUACUGUGAAUACUUAUCUUUCCCCUUCAAACAUCAUUCAUCAAACGGAAAACACUCAACUUCGAAUAAUCACGCCACGAGCUUUGGCGCGCUCUCGAGUCUCCUAUUUGCCAUCAACACCCCUCAACAACAAAAGAGGUUCUGGCCAGCUCGUUAUUCAACGAUAGCUCGACGUCAUCGGUCUCCAUUUCAUCCACAAGCACGAUGAGCACUCAGCCCUCAGACAAUGCGGAGCCUGGAGCCGCUCCGGCUGCCGUCAGCACUGACGCCGGCAACGAGAAUACACCAACUGUCGCCGGAUCCGAACCAGAUGCUGCCAAACACGCCCAAGAGGAACCGAAAGUAGUCAAUCCCACUGAACCCCAGCCGACAGCACCAGUCGACAGCGAGCCCAAACCCGCCGCUGCCCCCGCUCAAGACACCGACUCUCCCGCUGAUGUCAAGGACUCGGUGUCAACAACAGCGGGUGAGCUUUCACCCCUAGCCCAACUGUGGAAGGCUGCCGAGGGCCAUCCCCAUUUCGAGAUUUGGGGCGUCCCCCUCUCGGACCCCGAGAGACACAUCCCGACCCAAAUCAUUUUCCAGAAAUUCCUGAAUGCCAACGAUGGACAAGUCGAAAAGGCCAAGGAUCAGCUGCUCAAGACGCUCGACUGGCGCCAAAAGACACAGCCUCAGCAGCUGCUCAGGAAGAUGUUUUCCAAGGCCAAGUUUGAUGGUCUGGGCUACGUCACUACCUACACAGCCGGCGACGCGCCUGCUGUUGACGAGCCCGAGCAAAAGGAGGUUUUCACUUGGAACCUCUACGGCAGUGUCAAGUCUCUCGACGAGACCUUUGGCAACCUUCAAGAGUUUGUGGAGUGGCGUGUUGCCCUCAUGGAGCUUGGUCUUAUGGAAAUCAACAUUGGGGGGGCCAUCAAGCCCAUCACGGCCGACUACGACCCCUACAAGAUGACCCAGGUCCAUGACUACAAGGGCAUCAGUUUCUUGCGUCAAACCGACGUGGCCAAGGCGGCCAGCAAAGAGUGUAUCAAGGUGUUGGGCGACAACUACCCCGAGCUGCUCAAGGAAAAGUUCUUCCUUAACAUCCCUGCCAUCAUGGGCUUCUUCUACGGCCUCAUGAAGAUGUUUGUCUCCAAAAAGACGUUGACCAAGUUCCAUCCUAUGUCUAGCGGCACAAACCUUGCAAAGGAAUUUGUCAACACCAAGGUUGACGGGUUGGGCGACAAGCUCCCUGCUGAGUAUGGUGGCAAGGGCGCGGACUUGAAGACACUGGGCAAAGCACCUAUUGUCCAGUAG